CAUAGAAACAAAUCUACCAAAAGCCAUUCUUCGAGGAAAGAGUGAAUUGUUUUCAAGUAAAAACCAGUCUUUUAUUUGUAAACAAAAAGUUUGAAAAUGGGAAAGGCAAAGGCGACGAGAAAAUUUGCUCAGGUAAAACGAGUUUUGAAUCCUAAAGAUCAACGUGUACAAAAGAAUAAUGGCAAGAAGGACAAACCAGCCACUACGAAAAAUGGUGAAUUAGUUAGAGAAGUACCUCAAGUUGCCUCGAACCUCUUUUUUCAAUACAACGAAAGUCUUGGUCCACCUUAUCAUGUUCUCAUUGAUACCAAUUUUAUCAAUUUUUGUCUUCAACAAAAAAUUGAGGUGUUUGAUGGUUUGAUGUCGUGCUUAUAUGCAAAAACCAUCCCUUGCAUUACCGACUGUGUUAUGGCAGAGUUGGAAAAACUGGGAAUUCGCUACAGAAUUGCGCUCCGGAUAGCCAAAGAUGAACGUAUGGAGCGUUUGCCCUGUACGCACAAGGGUGUCUAUGCAGAUGAUUGUAUCGUAAACCGAGUGAUGCAGCACAAAUGCUAUCUAGUAGCUACCAACGAUAAAAAUUUAAAGCAAAGAAUUCGAAAGAUACCUGGUGUACCGAUUUUGUCAGUGGCUAACCACAAAAUUAAGGUGGAACGUUUGGUGGACGUGGUGGAUUAAAAGACGUUCAAUCUGAUGGUCUUUGGCCGUUAUUUUUCUUUAGACAGAUAAGUUGUGGAUUGGGGAUGGAUUUCUACAACUUGUACACGUUUACAGAACAUUUUGGGUUAUUGGAAUGAGCAUAAUUUAUAGGACUAGUUAAUUAAACAUGAC